AUGGAUUUUCUUACCGUAUUUGCCGUCCUCCCUACCGUGUCUGAUUAUAGCACCAGACUUAACGUGCUAUUUUUCUACAUGUCAUGGGCCACUCUUAAGAUGGCGCAUACUGCCAUGUGGCUUGAGCUUUCUGGCACUGUGCUAGUGCGCGUAUUCUUCUACUUCCUCCCGUCAAUUAUCUUCUUCGUAUUCGACGUCGCCGCGCCGGGCAUAGCAGCUUCGUUCAAAAAGCAGGGCGAAGCUGGCCUACCCACCGGAAGCAAAAGUUCCUGGCCUACAUCAAGAGAAGCCAAGAUUGCAGGAUGGGCGGUUGCCAAUUUUGUGUUGGGCCUCAGCGCGCAAUGGAUGGUGGAGGGGGUUCUUAGCAAAACCACCCGGGGGCCUGCAGUCAAAGCGACGCUCAGCGUUCCAUUGCCCUGGACUAUGACAGGUCAGCUUUUCUGGGGUUUCCUCAUCAGAGAGAUCCUCAGUUACGCCAUCCACCGCUGGGGGCUACACUACAAGGACUCCAUCUUUCCCUGGCUUGUCGAGUGCCACAAGAGCUGGUACCAUGACCUCACCAAUACUUUCCCGCUAACAGCCCACUACGACCAUCCCUUCAUUUACCUGCUCUCCACAUGGCUUCCCAUGUAUCUUCCCGUUUGCAUCCUGGGCUUCCACACCGUCACCUUCCUGCUAUACACGUUGCUCAUCUCGCUUGAGGAAGUAUUCGUCUUCUGCGGAUACUGCAAGUUGCCGAGUUUCCUUUUAUCUAUGGCGGCGCGCCAUGCCGAGUCGCACCUUGCCGAUGGCAAAGCGUAUUUUGGGCGCUGGGGUUAUAUCGAUCUCCUUUUGGGGACUUUGGGUAAUGGUGAAAAGGCCAAGAAAAGGAAGUGA